GAAGAAGAAGAAGAGGAAGAGGAGGAGUUCCUUUUGCAUGAGAAGAAGAAGGAGGAAUUGCUGGUACAAUGGCUGCAGUUGUACACCGAUACAGACAACAAAGGAGAAGGUACAAUCCAAGGCAAUAUGCUCAACGCCCCAACCUGCUCGAGCAAUACUCCAAUGAUGAGCUUUAUGCACGAUACAGAUUUGGGCAAGAGGAUAUUGCUCUCAUCUGCAAUAUUCUUCGUCCUCACUUUGAACGUGCCACUCUGAGGAGCCAUGCCUUGACUGUGGAGGAGCAGGUACUGAUGGCUCUGCGUUAUUAUGCAUGUGGUUCCUUCUUUGAGGUGAUUGGGGAUGGACUGGGGGUGACAAAAGCAACAGUGGGCCAUGUGGUGCAUUCGGUGUCAUCUGCCCUUACCGGUCUUCUGGGUCAAUAUGUGAAAUGGCCUGAAAAUGAAAAGGAGAUAGCAAGAACCAAGAGGAAGUUUUUCUCAUUGGGGCGGAUGCCAAACACUAUUGGUGUGAUUGACUGCACCCAUGUGCAUAUUCAGGCACCACAUACCAGGGAAUGGGAGUAUGUGAACAGGAAGGGCCGGCACAGCAUUAACGUCCAGCUUGCUGACCUUGUUAUCACAAACUGUGUGGUGAGAUGGCCUGGGUCUGUACAUAAUGCCCGUAUUUUGAGGGAGAGCCACCUAUACCAGAAGCUCCAACAGACUGCCCCAGAUGGCAUCCUCUUGGGUGACAGCGGUUACCCCCUUCUACCCUGGCUGUUGACCCCUUUUGCUACCGUCACCAAUGACUCCCAGCAGAGGUACAACAACAUCCAUGCCACAACAAGAGGGACAAUUGAGCGCCUGAAUGGCGUGAUAAAACACAGAUUUGCCUGCCUGAACUAUCUCCGUGUGGAGCCACAGAAAGCCUGUCACAACAUAUGUGCCUGCAUUGUCCUACAUAACCUAGCACAAACAAGGAGAGUACCAUUACAGGAACCUCUCAUCGAUGGACCUCCUCCCUGCGCAGAAGGCCUUGACCUGCUACCACCACCACUGCAGCCUGAUGGUCCUGCAGGAAGAGCCGUGCGGAAUGCCAUGGUGGUAUGUAAUGUGAGUGGAGAUGGACAGGUGGUGCUGGUAAACCCCUGUGAGCCAGGACCUGUGUUCCUUACCCUGACAUCUAAACCAGCACAAAGAGAAGAUGGCCCAACUCAAGGGGAAGAUGUAGGUGUGUUGGGGACUUCCAGCCAGCUUCCCCAGUACCUGCAGACAGCUUGUCCCCUGUAUGAGUGCAGAGAUCAGACAACCAACAUGCAGCCUAAAGCCCCUCCAGUAGGACAUGCAGGAGCUUUGUGUGAAUCAAAGUCCAGGAAACCCUGCCACUGCUCCAGAUCCUUGUGCCUCAAACUCUACUGUGAGUGUUUUGCCAGUGGAGUGAUGUGCAGCAACUGUGACUGCUCCAACUGCCACAACAAUGCAGAGCAUGAAAUGAAUCGUCAGAAGGCAAUUAAGUCAUGUUUAGGUCGUAACCCAGAAGCCUUCAGGUCGAAGAGGUCAGGCGAGGUCAAAGGCUGGCACAAUAAAGGCUGCAACUGUAAACGCUCUGGCUGCCUUAAGAACUACUGCGAGUGCUAUGAGGCCAACAUCAUGUGUACCUCAAGCUGUAAAUGUGUUGGCUGUAGAAACUAUGACGACAGCUCAGAAAUGGGCCUCAAAGAGAAGAACAAAUGGCCUGUGUCACUGAUAACCUCGGCUGUGGUGGAGGCUGCGUGUGGCUGCCUGCUGGCCCAGGCUGAGGAGGCUGAGAGCGAGGCCCAGAGCCUUGCCCAGGCUGAGCGCAUGGUCCUGGUGGGGUUCAGUCACUGUCUCACACAGAUUAUCAAGGCCAUGUUCAAGAAAAAUGCAAACUAACGCUGUGGAGAUAUGUCUGGGUCAUACUUCACCUGCUUAGGAUCCAAGAUAAACAGCUGUGUUUUCAGCUGGACCAACAUGAACGUUUAAAGUCACACUGUGGAGUUUGGAAGGCUUUACAGAUGGCUUUUUAAGCUAUGCAGUUUAAAGGCUGACAUGUGGCAACAGCAAUGAACCAAACAGUGACCAAAGGUCACACAACAUUGCUUUAAUUUUACAGCUACAUCUGUACCAGUUUAUUUAAAGGGUUUAAUUUAU